UUGCUCAGCAAUCGAUGUGCAACCCACCGAAACAUUUUCCUGUCCGUCAUAAUAGCCAUAAGACUGUCAGUCAGAUGGUUUGUGUUCUAGGUGACUGAAUGAUACCGCGAGCACUAUUAUGUAAUAUACUGCUGAUUUGCAAUGUGCGGGUUUGCUAUGAAUUUUUUCGUUUCAAUUUCGUGGAUUGCAGGGCAAAAGGCUGAAGACGAAGCACAGGAACGAAAGUUACACUAAGUGACUAGCCCGUAAUGGAUGAUCAACAAAGACUAAUGCACGGGCACGGAGCAUCAGCAACUAUGGCACAUGGCAUAUCACAAGGAUAUAUGCAAACGGUCGAUCCCUCUCAACCUCCGCAUGACCAGGAAAACACAAAGCGAGAAAUUGGGGAAAUUCUUCAACAGAUUAUGAAUAUCACAGACCAGAGUUUGGAUGAAGCACAAGCUAGGAAGCAUACCCUGAACUGCCACCGAUUAAAGCCAGCUCUGUUCAGUGUACUUUGUGAGAUCAAGGAGAAAACAGUGCUCAGCAUCCGCGGGCAGCAGGAGGAGGAGCCGCCCGACCCGCAGCUGCUGCGUCUCGACAACAUGCUGCUGGCAGAGGGCGUCGCCGGACCGGAGAAGGGCGGCGGCUCAGCGGCGGCGGCCAACGCAUCGGCGGCCGUGUCCGGCGGGCCGGGGCAGCCGGACAACGCCAUCGAGCACUCGGACUACCGCGCGAAGCUCGCGCAGAUACGCUCCAUCUACCACACCGAGCUGGAGAAGUACGAGCAGGCGUUGCUGUCCUCCGGCAGGCGCAAGAGGAGGAACUUCAGCAAGCAGGCGACGGAGAUUCUCAACGAGUACUUCUACUCGCACCUCAGCAACCCGUACCCGAGCGAGGAGGCGAAGGAGGAGCUGGCGAGGAAGUGUGGAAUCACCGUGUCACAGAUAUGCAACUGGUUUGGCAACAAGCGCAUCCGCUAUAAGAAGAACAUAGGUAAAGAGCAGGAAGAGGCGAACCUUUACGCGGCGAAGGCCGCAUCCCGGGCGGCCGCCACCAUGAAUGCUAGUCAGUCAGGCUACAACAUGGUGCCCAACUCACAGGGUGGAGGACAGAUGAUGGCGGGCCAGCAGCCGGACAUGUACAAUCUAAAUGUGAACGGCGACGGCUACUCCUCCAGUGCGGCGGUUGGUGCUAAUGUACAGUCACAGGUAAACGCGCUACGUCACGUUAUAGCAUCGACCGGAGGCUACGCCGGCGAGAACAUUUACGACCGCAUACAGCAGGGCGGUAACAAGCCGGCGAGCAGCAGCGGCAGCCGGCCCGAGUCGCAGGACGGCAACAAGCCGGGCGGCGGGGAGCUGCGCAUCUCGGCCGUACCCGAGUUCCCGGACAUCCAGGGGCUCAGCGAGAGCGGCGACGACGACAGCACCCAGGACGAGCCGCCCUCCAAGCGCUCCAAGGUGUAGGUGGCGCCACCGUCGACGCACGCGCUCAGCGGGGGAAGAGCGAUGUUCGGCGCACGAGGAUGGCGGACGUCGCUCUCCGUGACUCGCUCGGAAAACGCGCGUUCGUGCGCAGGGGAGAGGGAUGGUGGUCACGAUGACGUUCGGACCGCGCGUCGGACGCGUCGCCGGCACGGUCGCUGUCGUCACGAGCGUUUCCGUUCCUCCGCUGCUACGCGAACUCGCCCGCGCUGCCCACUGUCGUAGCCAUUAAGCUGGAGUGUUACGUGGGGUCUGCGUCCGCCGCCUCGACCCUCACCUCCGCCGGUCUCGUCAUGGGUAGCUGACCUCCGCGCGUCCUUCGUAAUUCACGUGCAGGCUCACCGACGAGGGCGGCCGUGAGUGCGGGGUCGCGACCUGUUGUCGCUACGACGAGGCACUCGCCAUCGCGAGAACGCGCGCAGUGCGCCGACCUACCGUUAACUAGCUCCCCCUCGCCUAACGUGUGCGGCGACAGGUGGGGUUGUUGUAGCCGCAAGGUUGGCAUGAGCGCGCAACGCGGUCGUAGCGAUGUGUAAGCAAUCGUAAACGCGAUCGUGUGAAAACCGAAAAAUCGUAAGAAAUCGUUGUAUAUUGUGUAUGUUCGGAAUCCACGAGCGGUCGCGCGGACGGCGCAUUGAUUCGUGUUUUUAGCUUUUUCGUUGUUUUGAACGAUGUAAAUUGUAAGGAAGAGUGUGUGUGUGUGUGUGUGUGUGUGUCCGACGACAAAAUCUCGAUUGGAAAUUUUAAUUGUAGCUCGGUCUGAUCAUCCCUAUGCAAUUCGUGUAACUGUGUGACUUGUGGAAGACCAUUGCCACCGGUGAGGUAGAGUCUGUCUUGGCUCCGCACCUUUUUCUCGUAUGCAAACGUGAACAGAGUUCAGUAUAGAGGGUUUGCCCCCGGUAGUUUUCUAGCCAAGCUAGUUCUACGUAGGUACCAUCGUGAGACCGAUCGCAAUCGGGAAUGUGUGAAAUGCAGGAAAGCGCGCAUGUAUUUUUCCCUGUCCAUCCUGGAGCCAGACAAAUCGCAUCAUGUUCAUAAGUAUACGCAGGGGGUACAUAUUUCUAGAAAUACACUGUGUCGGGGAAGUUUACUUCCCGCCUGUAUAUUAUGAUGAGUAUUUUAUCCGUUUUUUUUUUCAAGCAGAGUUUUAGCAAUUAUUGUUUUAUAUAUGUGUGCGAUUUCUUUUGCACAUAGGUCUAUUAUAUAUACGUUGAAUAUAUAUAGAAAAAUGGAAUUAAUAUUAAUAAUGGUAGCAUCGGUAGUUGUGUACGUGAAGCUUAGUAACGUAGCCCCCCCCCUCAUCCCGUCGUUAGCUGAGCAGGCUUGCACGUCCUGCCAGUGUAAAGCUGGGCUUACACUACCGACUUUAUGUUGGCGAAUUGGCGAGUUGGACCAACUUUUCAAUUCGCCAACUCCGAGUUGGCGUAAAUAGAACAUGUUCUAAUCUCCCUACUAGUUGCUAUCAAUCGAUUGGUCACGCAACUUUUGCGUUUACACUGCCGAUUGUCGGUUGUAUAGUUGGGAAGUUGGUCCAAUUUGCCAAUUCGCCAACACAAAGUUGGUAUUGUAAACCCAGCUUACCGAUAGCAGCAUGCGAUGUAAUGGUACCCGGCGAUAGGCGGUCGGAAUACGAAUGCCCGCUCCAGUAGGCGGCGGAUGCGUGGGACGUAGCCGCCGCCAGCGGACGCAACGUCGUCAGUGAGCGUGCGAUCACUUUUGACGCCGAUAUGUGAUUCGCGCGAGAAGCGUCAAGGCUCGAGCUCGAACGAUGCUGUUGCGCAUUCCAAACGUUCGUCGCGACGACGCGGCUUGGUUCUCGCGGCGGUUUUCACGCUCCUUGGUUUCGAUGCUGCGGCGAGGGAGGCGGUGGCCCGGCUACGCGCGAUCUUACUCGUAGUCUGGGUGGUCGCAGGUAGAGGGUGCUGCUUGCUGGCGGCGAGUCGUUGAGUUGUCCGCGGGGCCCGCGUUGGUAACGUCGUCGGUCGAUCAUGGUCGCUGGGCGUGCCAUUGAUCGUGUGCUCUUAAAGGCUCACAAUGCGCAUCCAAACGCUAAUUUCUCCAGUACUAGACUAGCAAAUACUUCGUGGCAUGCAUAA